AUGCCAGCCUGCACACUCCAUCUCCUUUCUCUCGCCGUUGCUAUCCCUGAAUUCCUUUCAGCUCUCUCAAAAACUUCUGUCACUCCCCUCACAAUUGGCAGGGUUGUGCGCUGGAUUGUUCUCCCAACAUCGAUAUCAAUUGACCCACUUCUCGCACGCAACAUUCAUUGGGAUAUCUUCAUGAUCCUGCCAAAUACCAAUGUCCUUCCAUCCUCACUUCAAAAUCUUAUCAUCCAUCAAUGGCAGGUUACAGCAGGAGUACCGUCAAGAUUAAUUCAAGAUUUCGCAUCAAAGAAUGAGAAACUACUUAACCCUCGGCCGGAAGAUAUACCACCCCUCACUGCAAGAUUAAAUGAGUACAGCACGAGAUCUUCAGCCCAGGCUCUUGAGCUUUCUCCCCCAUUACUAGAAUGGAUUAAAACAUUCAGCAAACAAGAAGGACGAGGCGCAGUUUCUAUGCUCAAUCUUCUAGCUUUCAAACCUGGACUAAAAGAACAAUACUUGAAAUAUGGAGCGGAAUUUGCGAAAUCUAUCGGUUCAAAACGAGGUGGAAUUGCAAAGAUUGUCGGAACUGUGAUACAUGAAGGAAAUUCGAAAGAAGGCAGUGAAUGGGAUGAGGUUGCAUUGGCACAUUAUCCGAGUAUUGAACAUUUUGCAGAUAUGUUGGCUAGUGAAGACUAUCAGGAGGUAAAUCACAAGUACAGGGUGGGAAGUUUGAAGGAUACUUUUAUUCUUUGCACAACGGAACUGGAUUUUCCUACAUGGAGCAAAGGCAAGUCGAAACUGUAG